GGAGAGCACCGGCCCGGCCGCCUCCUCCGCCCCCUCCCCGUCCCCGUCCCUCUCCCUUCCCUCCCGGCCCCGCUGCCAGGGGCGAAGCCGCCCGCCGGGCCCCGCGGCUUUUUUUUUCCUUGGAUUUUAUUACUGGAAAACUCUCUAAUGACAACUUUGCUUAGGAGCUGAGUGUUGUGACCUGCCCUACUUCUCCCUGCUCGGUGUGGGAACAACCUGAGGAACAUCUUGGAGCCACCUGUACUGCUUCAUGCAGUUAAAUGUACUGAGGUCAUGAAACUUAAUCCACAGCAAGCUCCGUUGUAUGGUGACUCUGUUAUUACAGUGCAGCUGACUGAGGAAGAUAAAGUUGAAGAUGAUGUAGUUUUUUAUUUGGUCUUCACUGGAUCAACUGUCCAACACUGCACAAGCACGAGAAAGAUUAAUCCUGGAAGUCUGGAGACAAUUUCUCCUGGCCAUGACUGCUGUGAGACAGUGAAGGUGGCACUUUGUGCCUCUAGAGAAGGUCACCCCGUUCUGGUUGUGGCAGAAGAGAGUUUCCAGUUUGUCCAGGACGAAGCCUACGAUGCCGCCCAGUUUCUGGCCACCUGUGCUGGCAACCAGCAGGCGCUGAAUUUCACACGGUUCUUGGACCGCUCAAGGCCACCUGCUGCAGACGUGGACUUUUUGGAUGAGAAAGUGGCCUUGGCAUUUCGACACCUGAAGCUGCCGGCAGAAUGGAAUGUGCUGGGAGCAGACCAGUCCCUGACCGAGAACAUCCCUCGGGAAACGCUGAUGCAUUUUGCGGUGAGGCUGGGUCUGCUGCGGCUGACGUGGUUUCUGCUCCAGCAGCCGGGUGGAAGAGGAGCUCUCAGCAUCCACAACAACGAAGGGGCAACGCCUGUGAGCUUGGCCUUGGAGAGGGGCUACCAGAAGCUGCACCAGCUUUUGACAGAGGAGGGAGCCAGGGAACUCUAA